CGUUGCUAGCCACUGUACCUGCUCGACUAUACUUAGUCUCAGUAACUGAACUAUCUGGGAUCGCACUGCUAUCUCCUAUAAACCCACAAAAUAAAAGGAAAAUACAUAUAAAUCUCUAAACAUUGUGUCCCUUCGGAGGAAAUCAACUCCACGAGUUAUUUUAUUGCAGGUAAUUCAGAAAUAGGAUCAAAGAACCUUGAUUUUCGAAGGAUGCAUUCGGCAGCCUACUACGUUGGUGCCAUCAUCAUAUCUGCGAUGUUCCUUCAAGCGAGCAGUUCAGACUCCAUCGUCGUCCUGUAUGGAGAGACGAUCGAAGUACCUUGCAACAAUGGGGGGGAGUUGGGAGACCCUCUGUUCAUAAAAUGGAAAUACGACGAGGCGGACGGCAGCCCCGGCGCCAUUUUGACAAAGGGCCGCGACCCGGGGGACGUGACGAUCCAAGCCACCAACAGCUACAAGAACCGAGCGAGCAUCGCGGCCAACGCCAGCCUCCUCAUCACCAACGCCACCCUGGAGGACGAGAAGACAUUCACCUGCAUGGUGGUCAUCUCGGGGGACAUCGAAGAGUUUCCUGUCGUAGUGAAGGUCCAGAAGAGACCAUCGCCACCACUGAUCAAAGAUAUGGCUGCAGAACUGGAAAAUGGCAAACUGACCACGCUUGGAGACUGCCUUGCACAAGACGCUCACCCCCCUGCUGAGGUCAUAUGGUCCAAGAAUGGCCUGCCAUUGGCUGAUGAUGGGACAGCUACAAUAAUCACAACGGAGGAGACAAAGGAUCCCGCCACCGGGCUCUCCAGCACCUCCUCCAAGCUGCAGUACACCGCAAAGAAGGCCGAUGUGGACUCGGAGUUCACCUGCACCGUCAAGCACGUACUGGGGCCCGACCAAACCUCAGAGCCCCGGACCUUCAGCAUUCACUACCCCACAGAGAGGGUGGAGCUUCAGGUGGUCGCCAACGGGCCAAUCAAAGAGGGCGAUGACGUGACUCUGAAAUGCAGCGCCGAUGGAAACCCGCCCCCCACCAGCUUCAACUUCCUCCUGCAGGGCAAGAUGGAAACGGUGGUGGGCUCGGACAGCUACACGCUGGUCGACGUUACGCGCGCCAACACGGGCGAAUACGAGUGCUCGGUGGCCGAUGACCACACCCUGCAGGACGCCAAGAACAUUUCCGUCAACUUUCUGGACAUCAGCCUGGACCCCUCAGGGGAGAUUGUGAGGGCAGUCGGGGUGAGCUUGCCGGUGACGGUGCAGAAGAACAGCUCCGGAGAUGUCAAGGUUUCUUGGACAAAGGACAAUGUCAAGCUGGACACACAGCCAAAUUUUGACAACCUGAAGUACAGUGAUGCUGGGCUUUACGUGUGCGAGUUCUCCACGUCAGGGAUUAAACAAAGCAGGUUCUUCCGGCUGGCUGUACAAGGUAAGCCAAACAUCAAGACCAUCAGCAAAACGCGUGUGGACAAGCAGCACAAGGUCCUGACGUGUGAAGCGGAGGGGGCCCCGAAGCCCAGCGUGGAGUGGAGCAUCAACGGCACCAACGAAGAGAGCUCCUACGAAAACGGCAUGCUCACGCACAGGAUCACGGUGGUGCCCACGGGGAACCUCACCGUGGCCUGCAGGGUGACCAACGAGCUGGGGAUGGACGUGAAAUACAUCGACGUGUCGUAUUUAUUUGAGGACAACGAUAAGAGAAAAGGGCCAGGCGACGGAGAUGACCAAGCCAAGCUCAUCGUGGGCAUUGUGGUCGGGCUGAUCCUGGCGGCCGCGGUAAUGGGCCUGGUCUACUGGGUGUACAUGAAAAAGACCAGGCAAGGCAGCUGGAAAACGGGAGAGAAGGAGUCCGGGACCUCGGAGGAGAGCAAGAAGCUGGAGGAGAACAACCACAAAGCGGACGUGUAGAGACAGGCCGCCGGCACUCAAGGGAUGAGGAAGGGAAACAGUGAUGAGUGGCCUUUUCACACUGGACUUGCUGUUUGGGAAUAAAAAAAAAGGAAACCGUCAGAGGGCCAUUUCUUUGGAUACAGAAAUCAUCCAUCAGGCUUCUAAUGCACAGCACGUCUCGCAGUAACUCCACCAAACCCCCAGAUGAGCAGAAAACCCUUAACCCUCUUCUGCCACCAUCUGCAAGCAAGGCCAACCAAAGCAUUGCGCUGUAUAUGGAUUCCCAUUCUGUCAGCCUCACUAAAGUCCUUUUCCCCCUCCUUAUCUCUCUCUCUCUCUCGUCUUCCUGGUGAAUGCUUGUCUCAUGCGCAGUGUUUGUUAAAGUGGGUUUCGGCUCUUAUUUUCUUUAGGUCAAAAUGAAAACAGUUAAGGUCAUUGUACACUUAGGCUUAUAUGAAUAUAUAUAAUUUCCCUGCUCACGGCCAGGGAUGCUGUCCCCCACCCAGGACUAACUGCUGACUGAAUGAUGGAUGAGGCUUAUUCUGCGGGUAGGCCGGUUCUGAGGGUGUUCUGGAUCCGAGAGGGGCCCAGACCUGAUGGGACAGAGAACUUCACUGCUGUUUAAAUCCUCCAUUCCUCCACAUUUCACCUCACGUCCAAAAAUUAAACCCACUCCACUCCCCAACAAUCUCAAUCACAUUAUAGCAGGCAAGAAUUCAACACCCCUUCCAAAAAAGUGUGUUCAAUUCAGAAUGUCAGUGUAUGAAAGCAUGCAUUAGACUAUUUGUGCACUGCUUCCAGGGAACUGAAAGUUGGAGUUGUGAAAUGUUUAGCUAAUGGCUGUGUGUGAAAUAAAGAUCAGAAGGGCACUGCUAAGAAACAUGGCUCCAUCCUUUUCCUCCAUCUGCGGUUUCUAAGGAGUCACAUCCAUGAGCCUCGAGCAGGGCUUGGGUCACUUCCAUUCCAAUUCAUUCAAUUCAGGAAGUGGAUUCAAACUUGGUUAACAAAUUGGAAAAUCCCCAUAGAACAUUAUAGCAAUUUUUUCAAUUUAUUAAAUUAAUUUAAAUAAAUUUCCUGAAUUAAAAUGGAAAUAACCCCAAGCCUGGUCUCGAGCCGUUAGUACAACACUGGUAUGAUUAGAUCACUCAUCAACCUUGAAACUGUUUUUUUUUGUUUAGUUCCCCGCCCCCGUUUUAAAGCUGUAUUAUGUCGAGUAAUCGCUCACCUUGUACAAUGCCCUGUUUAUUUCUGUUGGUUUUCUCCCUGUGGUAUGUGUCCGGUUUUAGGCAGGUAGCUGUACUGUUAGAGUGCAGCAGCUGCACUCUAGUUCUGAGAGAUGCAUUGUAAAUACAUUGGAUCUGAAUGUCCCGUUUGGAUUUUUUGGCUGUAUUUAAACUGUGUGAGAAAUGUAAGGUUUGCAAACGCUUCCGUAGACCGCUCGGUAGGUGUUCUCAGUUUACACCUGUUGCUGUUUCUAUUGCCUUUAAAGUUUUAUCACCUGAGCUGUUCUUUUAAAAGGGACACUUAAAGCAGUGCUGGCUGUGUAGUGUGUGCAUAAAGCUUGCUUGCAGUUUGAUUACUUGGUUACACUUUUAAGUGCCUGUUUUUACUGUUAGGAAAUGUUACUACGGUUAUUUCAUCAACAAAGUUUGUUGACAGAUUGGAGGAGCAAAGCAAAGAAGGCUCAACCUGGUGUUCCAUAUAGAUUGCUUUAGGAAAACAGUGGUUAUGCUUAAUUUAAACACACCAUAUGAAUGUUAAGACUUGGAUUUAAUAAUAAAUAAAAAAAAGUGUACAUUUCUUGAACGAUGUUGUAACGUUACUAUUUGGAAUCUGUUUUAAGAAAUAAGUCUUAGUAGAUAAUAAAUACGUUUAUUAAGGCUUAAGAUUCUAACAGUAUAAAAAGUCCCUGAAAGUGUGACUUUUUGAAUAUUGAGAUACUGGAAGGACACAUAGGAGGUAAUUGUUCAAGAAUGUUUUACAUCGUUUUACUUUUUUUUUUUGUUCCUUUCUUCUGUCAUUUUUCAACAUCAGGUCAGCAGUGAAACCAAAGAAGGUAAAAUGAGAAGGCCAUACAAGUAUUGUAAAUACAGACUUUUUCGUUUUUGUACUUUUGUUGAAAAUAAAGUGUACAUUUUGAAGAAAACAAA